AUGAAGCACUUCAAGGAGCUCACGGCCGUAGUUUUGACACUGUUGGCUACCGUUGCAUACGCUCAGGAGGGCGAGGCGCCCACCGUUCCCUCGGAUGUCGAAGUUCUCGAAAAGGACACUUUUGACACUUUUGUCACCAAGCACCCAUUGGUCCUUGCCGAGUGUAAGUUUGUGGUUCCUUUGUCGAAACGUCGAAACUUGGGCAUACGUGUCCUUCUGCGUGUUUCUCAGCUCGAGAUCCCCGCCGCACACUCAGGGUUACUAGUGAGGACUUGGGACGAGCUCUGGCUAACACCGAUUUUGCUAGUUUAUGCUCCUUGGUGUGGGCACUGCAAGGCUCUUGCUCCAGAGUAUGAAGAUGCCGCUACAAAGCUGAAAGAGAAGGACAUCCAUCUUGCCAAAGUCGAGUACGUGGUCACUUAUUCCGUAUUUUUUUUUUUUGAGCCAAUCGCUAAUUUCCGCAUAGCUGUACCGUUGAGGCCGAGCUUUGCGAGCAGCACGGCGUUCAGGGAUACCCUACCCUCAAGAUUUUCCGUGGUCCUGAUAACUCCUCGCCCUAUUCUGGCCAGAGGAAGUCUGAUGCGUAAGUUAAUCGGUUACACCUGUAUUGCGGUUAUAUAUAUGCGUAGCUUAUCGCUAAUUGUUCGGCAGCAUCGUUUCGUACAUGACAAAGCAGGCUCUUCCCGCUGUCUCGCUCUUGGAUGGGCAAACUAUUACCGAGUUCAAGACUGCUGAUAAGAUUGUUGUCGUUGCCUAUCUCUCCGCUGACGAUAAGGAGAGCAACGCCACCUUUACCGCUGUCGCUGAGAAGCUUCGUGACAACUACCUCUUUGGUGCCACCUCUGACUCUGCUCUUGCUGAGGCUGAUGGCGUCAAAGCUCCGGCUAUUGUUCUUUACAAGACCUUCGAUGAGGGAAAAGUUGUCUAUGGUGGAGCCUUCACCGCCGAGGAGAUCACGGCCUUUGCUAACACUGCCUCCAUCCCCCUCAUGGGCGAGGUUGGCCCGGAGACAUACGCUGGAUACAUGGCCGCCGGAAUCCCCCUCGCCUACGUUUUCGUUGAUGGCGAAGAGGUUAAGGAGAGACUCACUGCCGCCAUCAAACCAAUUGCCCAGCAGUACAAAGGCAAGAUCAACUUCGCUACCAUCGACGCAGUGGCCUAUGGCGCCCAUGCCGGCAACCUUAACCUUGAGGCCAAGUGGCCCGCUUUCGCCAUCCAGGACACCGUAAAGAACCUCAAGUUUCCUUUUGACCAGAAGAAUGAGAUCACCGAGCAGUCCAUCUCCGAGUUCGUUAAGGAUUACGCUGAGGGCAAGAUUAGCCCUAGCAUCAAGUCUGAGUCCGUUCCCGCGACCCAAGAGGGGCCGGUUCAUGUUGUUGUCGCCAACAACUAUGAUGAGAUUGUCAUGGACAACGACAAGGAUGUCCUUAUCGAGUUUUACGCCCCGUGGUGCGGCCACUGCAAGAACUUGGCCCCCAAGUACGAAGAGUUGGCUGCUCUUUACUUCGACAACCCCGAAUACAAGGACAAGGUGGUUGUUGCCAAGGUAGACGCUACUGCCAAUGAUGUUCCUGUCGAGAUCCAAGGAUUCCCAACCAUCAAGAUGUACCCUGCCGGCGCAAAGGGCUCGCCAAUUGACUACGCUGGUUCUCGCACUGUUGAGGACCUUGCCACCUUCAUCAAGACCAACGGUAAAUACAAGGUUGACGCUUAUGUCCCACCUCCACCAGAGCCUGAGACCGAGGAGGAGGUUGAGGAGGUCGGGGCCGAGGAGCCGGCGGAGGAGACUCCCGUUGGAUCGGCUGCGGCAGCUGCUACUGAGACUGCUAAGGAAGGCGUCAAGAAGGCUACCGAGGGUGCACAGGCUGUUGUUGGCGAUGAUGACUAUGUAGGUGGCUCUCUAUCUCAAGUGCUCUAACCCCUGCUAAUCACUGGAUAGGUACCUCAUGAGGAAUUGUGAACGCUUGUAUUUAACUAACUUUCGAGACGUAUUGUUGAUGGCGAGGGCUGGAGAAAUGGGGUCCUGUGUCGUUCCAUAUUUUUGACGCAAGCCGCUUAUGGGGUUAUCGUUUUUCGGUUUUCAUUUUUUUCUUCAACCAACCGGUCCCUUUUUUUCCUCUUACUCUAUGGGUUAUAUGUGUUUUUAUGAUACGGGGGUUUCUUUUCUCAAUGUGACUGUACAACGUUUUCAAAA